UGUCGUGUCUCGGCUUGCCAACCUUCUCAUAGAUGAAGCUGUUUCCUUGGCUGGUGUGCGGGAUGAGAUCGAUUGGGUGAAAACACAACUUCAGCUAUUGCAAGGCUUCCUUAAAGAUGCAGACUCCAGAAGGAAGAAAGGGGAUGCGACGAUGGAGAACUGGAUAAGUGCGAUGAGAGGCGUAGCCUAUGAAAUGGAGGACGUCAUAGACACCAUCAAGUACAUGCGCGAGAGGCGACACCAAAUUAGGAGAGGCUGCAUGGGCUUCAUUUUAAGGUACUUACACAGACUUUGUGAAUUGGUCACCCUCCAUAAAAUUAGUUCUAGAAUUGAGCAAAUAAAGGUCAAAAUCCAGAGUAUUUCUGAGAACAAAGAUAGAUAUGGCAUUGCUAAUAUAAAUCUAGGUGAAAGUAGUGCAACGGAUGAAAGUUCGCAAUCACUCAGACAAUCCUCUCCUGACUCUUAUGAUGAUGACAUUGUUAUAGGCUUUGAGAAUGAUAUCAAACAAUUAGUGAGUCAAUUGCUUGAUCAGAAUGUGAAAACACGAUGUGUGAUUUCUAUAGUGGGUAUGGGAGGGCUAGGCAAGACCACCCUGGCAAGAAAAGUGUAUAAUGACCCUGCAAUUAGGCAACAUUUUGACACCUUUGGCUGGGUUUCAGUUUCUCAGAGCUACCGAGUUAUUGAACUGGUGAAGGACAUCAUGAAAAAGGUGAUGGGAAUCAAAAAGAAGAAAGAAACAACCACAGGAAUUACCGUCGAAGACUUGGAGCAGAUGGGUGAACAAGAAGUAAGAGAGAUGCUCCGUGAUUUCCUAAGACACAAAAAGUAUUUGGUCGUGAUGGAUGAUGUGUGGAGGGCUGAUGUCUCGAGAGAAAUGCGGCCAUUCUUUCCUGAUGAAAACAGCGGUAGCAGAAUACUGCUCACUACCCGUGAGAUGGAAGUUGCAAACCGUGCUGAGUCAUUCUUUCCUCUACAUGAACUGCACCUUUUGAACGAAACAGAGAGUUUGGAACUCUUUCUUAGGAAGGCAUUCCCACCACAUCAAGUAGUCCCAACCGAGUUGGAGGAAUUGGCCCCGAAGCUUGCAAAGAGGUGUGGUGGACUUCCUCUUGCACUUGUGGUAUUAGGGGGCCUUCUGUUAGGGAAACGUCGUAACUAUGAUGCAUGGUGUAGCGUAGCUCAGAGCAUGAAUUGGGAAGAUAGUGGAGAUGGGCAGGAGUGCUUGAAAAUAUUGGGUUUAAGUUACAAUGACUUGCCAUAUCUGUUAAAACCAUGUUUUCUGUACAUCGCUGCGUUUCCAGAGGACCACACUAUCUCUGCUUCAAAAUUAGUUAGAUUGUGGGUCGCCGAAGGUUUCGUACCCCAAAAGCAGACGAGGACAAUGGAAGAAACAGCUAGGGAUUGGUUGGAUCAGUUGGUCCAAAGGUGCAUGAUCCAGGUUGUCCAAAGAAGCGUGGCUUUUGGGCGGGUUAAGAGUAUACGCAUUCAUGAUAUGUUACGUGACCUUGGCCUAUUGGAAGCGAAAAAGGAUGGAUUUCUUCAGGUUUGCGGUAGUGAUUACAUGGCAAUAUCUGAUGGUAUAUCGAGUUAUCGUGUAGCUUUUCACAAUCGUAUAGAUGACGAGAUUGCUAAUUCCUCACCGCAUCUCCGCACGUUGCUGGGCUUCAGAUUAGUUUUGAACGAUAGUACUGCUGCGGGGAGAUUUUUGAAUGGGUUAAACUUACUAAGGGUGCUGGAUUUGGAGGACGCAACAGAUUUGAAGGAGUUACCAAAGAUCGGCAACAUGAUUCAUCUACGAUACCUGGGAUUGAGAAACACUGGUUUGAAGAGACUACCAUCCUCUAUAGGACAUCUCCUCAAUCUGCAGACUCUGGAUGUAAGAAAGACACAGAUUUCAUGUUUUCCGAAAUCAUUUUGGAAAAUCCGGACGCUGAGGCAUGUAUAUCUUAAUGUACGUGGGAUUCUAAACGCGCCAAAAAUUGGCGAUCACAAGAACUUGCAGACUCUGAAAAUCACAUGGAUCCAUGUGGAUAUAGAUGUAAGAACAUUCAUAGAAUCACUCGAAAAAGCACUCGAGAAAAUGGACAGCCUCGUCUCCUAUUCUCUGAUUUUGCCAGGAGACAUCUUCUUCGCACAUGCACGACACCUGCAGAAGCUCCGCUCAUUACAUCUUGGAGGAUUGUUCGACCAGCAACAACUCUCGGACAGCACUCAAUUCCCACCAAACCUCACCAAGGUCAUAUUAUAUAAUUCUCGGUUGGAGCAAGACCCAAUGCCGGUGCUGGAGAAGCUGCCAAACCUCAGGCUUCUUACACUAGAAUGGUAUGCAUAUGUCGGGAAGAGCAUGUCGUCUUCUGCUGGCGGCUUUCCUCGACUGCAACACUUGAAAUUUUUCGAACUGAAACAUUUAGAGGAAUGGGGAGUGGAGGUUGGGGCAAUGCCCAGGCUCAGCCGCUUGACCAUUGUUGGGUGCUAUAGGUUGAAGAUGCUUCCUGAAGGAUUGCAGCAUGUGACCACCCUUCGGGAACUGAGGCUGGAUUCCAUGCCUCCUGAGUUCAAUGAAAGGGUCAGAAAUGAGGACGGGUACAAGGUCCGACACAUUCCCUCCAUUAUUUUUAAAUAGGAAAUUCUUCUAUUAUCUAUUGUGAAUCUCACGGGCUUGGAGAGUACAUGCAUAGAGUUGUUUUGGAUUUUCUAGUAGAUUUAGCGAUCUUUAUUUAUUUGUGUUUAGUUGGGUUCCCCAUUGAUUAGCUUUAUAUUUGGUUUGGUUACCAAUAAUGUGUUGGAACGAUGUGACUCUCUAUCAUCUUGGGAUAAUUGUCAUGGAUAAAUUUUUACUAUAGAUUUUUCAUUACUAUUUUUCUGGAA